AUGAGCCGCAAUGAAGGUUCCAGUUUAGUUGCACAGGAUGAUGAUUCCAAUUUCAAGAACUACAAAGUGUACUUGGUGACAGACUCCACCAUGAUUCCGCCAGUAAAGACAUUUUUGGGGCAGGUGGAAGACGCAGUAAAUAACGGGGCCACCAUAAUCCAGUUGCGGGAAAAGACGUUGUCAACGCGCGAUUUCAUCAAGAGAGCAGAAGAAGUUCAUCGAUUGACGAAACCACGCGGGAUUCCGUUGAUCAUCAACGAUCGUGUCGAUGUAGCCUUGGCUGUGGAUGCCGAGGGUGUCCACGUUGGGCAGGACGAUAUGCCGGCAAAAUUGGUGAGACGGAUGAUUGGCCCCACGAAGAUCUUGGGGGUUACAUGUUCCACCCCGGAGGAAGCUCAGCAAGUUGUCGACGAAGACGUGGCCGAUUACGUUGGCUUGGGGACCGUGUACGCGACAAACACCAAAAAGGACGUCACCAGCCCCGACGGCAUUGGCCCUAGUGGAAUCAAGGAGAUGCUCCAAGUGCUUGCGCAACAACUGGGCAAACGAAAGAAAAACAUCCAAGCCGUGGCAAUUGGAGGACUCAACCAAUCGAAUGCAAGCUUUGUUUACAAUGCAUGCAGAAUUCCACAAUAUUCCAUCCUGGGGCUUGCAGUGGUUUCCUGCAUCAUGGCCAGCCAAGACGCUGCUCAAGCCACGCGGGACUUGGUGCAACAGCUUCAAAUAACGCCCUUGGGAGGACGCUUGGAGGAGAUUGACAAAAAUAGGCAAGAUUCGUGCAGCACACUAGAGCUGAAACUUUCACAGUUGAGCAAUUCGCAUCCACUCGUGCACCAUAUCACCAACAACGUUGUCAAGAACUUUAGUGCCAACGUGACAUUGGCCAUCGGAGCUUCCCCGAUCAUGUCCGAGUUGCCUCAAGAGUUUGAUGAAUUUGCAUCGAAAAUCCCAAACUUGGGAUUGGUGCUCAAUGUCGGCACGCCGAAUCAGCAGUUGAUGAAUGUGUUUUCGAGCGCAAUAAAGGCCUAUAAUAAGCAUCAGAAACCCAUUGUUUUCGAUCCAGUUGCAUGCGGCGCGUCGGGGGCCAGACUCGACGCUACUGCAAAGCUCUUGAACACGGGGUUUAUGACUGUGAUUAAGGGAAACGUUGGUGAAGUCAUGAGCGUGUGGAAACUUACACAGGGAUACAAGGCAAAAUUAAUGGUGCUGGAACAAAACCUGGAUGAGGAGUUGAUGAGAGGCGUUGACUCUGUAGCCGAGUUGAGCGAAGAUCAAAUUUAUGCAAUGGCCACGGACAUUUGCUUUGAGUUUUGCCCCGUGCUUGUCGUCACUGGUGCCGUCAACUACAUAGUUUCCAGUGAUGGCAGGACUGCAAAAGUCCCGGGAGGAAGUGCUUUGAUGAGCAUGGUUACUGGCACGGGAUGCUCCUUGGGAAGCGUCAUUGCCGCAUUUGUGGCUUCUCGAGCUGACGGGUUGCAGGCAGAACACGAACAAGACGACGCCUCCACCUCGGAUAAGAAUAAGCAUUUCGAUAUAUUUGCUUGUGUGGUCGGGGCAGUACUGCUUUACAAUACGGCAGGAAAACGCGCUGCUGCCGAUCAUAAGGAGCCAGGCUCAUUCAUGACAGCUUUCAUAGAUGAAUUGUAUAAACUCACCCACUCAUCUAAACUGAACUGA